AUGCAAACUAUAUGUGUGUUGAAGAAUCCUUUCGAACUUAAGGAGAAAUGGGACUACUAUAAGCCUGGUGAUCCAGUUAUUGGUGGGAAUUUACCUCUUGCAACUCUUAUUUCCUCCAAUGUCCCAGACUUUCAAGUGUGCCCAUUCGAGCUUCCUUUUACAAUGUUAUUCAAAUCCAAGUACUACCAGCACUUUCAAGCCUUUAUGUUUGCAGUCAGAGAGAUCAACAAGAAUCUGGUUCUCCUUCAAAACAUCACACUUGGCUUCCACCUCUUUAGCAAUUUCCAGACUGAGACGUCAAUUUUCUCAAACAGCAUCUCCCUGCUCUCCACUCAAAGCCAAAUGGUUCCAGGUUAUCAAUGUGACCGGCAAAACACUCUGCUCUCUGUCAUUGGUGGCCUCAACUCCAAAUCCUCAAGGCAGAUGGGCUCCAUAUUCAACAUCUUCAAGGUCCCCCAGUGGAAUUGGGUUGGGCUUCUGGCCCCUGAAGAUGACAGGGGAGAACAUUUCAUCUCAUCUCUGACAUCAAAGCUCAAGGAGAAGGAGAUCUGCCUGGCCUUCACUGAAAGGGGCCACACUGGGGAUGUCUCAGAAUUCAGACACUUCAUCCUGUCUUUAGACCCUUUCAACCCACAAGGGGAUGUGUUUCUCCCACAAUGGUGGGAAAGGAUCUUUGACUGUGACAUCCACAAGCUACGCAAGGUCCUUCAAAAGGGGGUAAAACAAUGUACAGGAAAGGAGAAUUUGCAGAGUCUCCCGUCUUACAUGUUUGAAACAAGGAUGACUAGUGAAAGUUACAAUGUCUACAAUGCCGUUUAUGCUGUGGCACAUGCAUUACAUGCCAUGCAUGGAUCAGGAGCACAAUCAGCCAUGAUGAGGCUUGGAAAGAGGAUAUCAAAUGUCCAGCCAUGGCAGAAGGACUCCACUGCAAAGAGUCUGAUCAACCAUAAUGAAGCUUGGAAAGAGGAUUUCAAAUCUCCAGUCAUGGCAGAUGCAGCUCACUGUGAACCUUGCCCAGAAGAUCAAUAUCCCAACAAAGACAAAGACUACUGCAUUGCUAAGAAGUUCCACUUCCUUACCUAUCAAGAUACCCUGGGAUGCACUUUGGCUUCUCUAGCUCUUUUCCUUUCUUUGACUACAUCUGCAAUCCUGGUGAUUUUCCUUAAACAUCACAACACACCAAUUGUCAAGGCCAACAACCGAGAUCUCACCUACAUCCUCCUGGUUUCCCUCCUGCUCUGCUUCCUCUGCUCCUUCCUCUUCAUUGGUCAGCCUGACAAGUUCACCUGUCUCUUCCGACAAACUGCUUUUGCCGUUCUCUUUUCCCUUGCAGUUUCCUCUGUGUUGGCAAAAACUGUCAUGGUGGUUCUGGCCUUCAUGGCUACAAAACCAGGGAACAAGACAAGAAAACUCUUAGGAAAACCACUGACCAACCUCAUUGUCUCAGCUUGUCCCCUGGUCCAAGCAGUUCUUUGUGCCAUCUGGCUGGCAACCUGUCCCCCAUUUCCCAACUUGGACUUCUAUUCUUUGGUAGGAGAGACCAUCUUGGAAUGUAAAGAAGGCUCAGCUUUGAUGUUUUAUGCUGUCCUGGCCUACCUUGGUUUCCUGGCUCUCAUCAGUUUUACAGUGGCCUUUUUGGCUAGAAAAUUGCCUGAUAGCUUUAAUGAAGCCAGUUUCAUUACAUUUAGCAUGCUGGUCUUUUGCAGUGUUUGGAUCACCUUCCUCCCCACUUACCUGAGCACAAAAGGGAAGUCCAUGGUUGCUGUGGAGAUCUUCUCCAUUUUGGCCUCUGGGGCUGGUCUCUUGGCCUGUAUUUUUUCCCCAAAAUGCUACAUUAUCUUAUUUAGGCCCCAUUUGAAUUGUAGAGAAGAUAUAAUGAGACACAAGAAUCUCUGA